AGCCGUACAAGAUGGCAGCGCACACGCAAUCACGUAAAAGUGCACAACGAAGUAAAGCGCACACGUUCAUCAAAGGCAGUGAACCUCAACACUAUGAUACGCCGAAAUUGGGUUACCUUGAUGAAAGCACUAUGGGUUACUACAAGCGUGUACAGCAGCAACUGGCAGAGGAUGAGUUUCCUAGUGAAGAUGAAAAGGUGAUAUUUGUCCGUAAUGUCAUGAAUGAGACUGCCGGAGAGGAGAUCAAGCUGGGGCAAAACCAAACUGUGAGCCGGAUCUUGGAACAGCUACUUGGUAUAGCAUCACCUGAACAAAUAAGCAGGUUCUUGGAUGGUCUAUUGACUGAUAGCACUACAGCAUGCACGGACCGAAUACUCAGUCAUGUUACACAGACAGUACUGAUCUUAUCAGCUAAUCUGUUAAGAUCUGCUGCUGUUGAGAUUCACAUAAAGGAAGCCAUUUCAAAGAAUAUAGGGAAGUUGUCUGAAGCAAUGUUGGUGGACAUUGUUGGAAAUACGGGUCAUUCGUAUGCCACACACAUAGUGCGCACGCUGCUAGAGGUACUUACAGGAGUAAAGGUGUCGCAUAAACUCUCCAGCCGCUCACGGUCAAAGAGACAAGAGGAAAAGGCUUCACACGUUCCAGAAACAAAUGAAAAGGCAGAAGAGGAAAUAACUUCAAAUUUCAAAGGCCUGUUUCAGCAGUUUUGCACUCAACUCCCCUGCAAGGAAGUCUUUGAAAACUCCUUGACCUCCGAAAUUACAUCACCAGUGCUACAGACAUUGUUAUUUGUGUUACAUGAAUAUGAGAAUGCUCAGUGCCAGGAUGUCUGUAAGAAAUUGUUAAAACACAUGAAGAGGUGCAAUGGCCUGCCUGAGUACAGCUGUGACAGACUAGCAUCUCGCGUAGUUGAGUGCCUUUUAUCUGUGGCGUCCGAGAAACAAAUCGUCCGGAUCUACGACAAGCAUCUAGAGCCAAGACUCGUGGAACUAGCGUUGCAUCCAGUUGGCAACUUUGUCAUACAAAGCCUCAUUCAGCAUUCUUCACAAGAGCAGUUCAAGUCCAUAUUUGAAGUGCUGGCAGAACGACUGGAAGAUAUAUUUGCAGCAAACCAUGUCGGCAUUGUCACCAGUCUAGCUACUGCAUGCAUCCGACUAAAGACCAAGCAGAAGAAAUACAUAGAGGCUGUGAUGAAAGCAUUUCACUGUUAUGAGCCAGAACGAAGAGUUCAUGUAGCACCACUAAUUCUGACAAUGUCUACCUAUGAGACUUACUUCAAACUGGAAGAGGGUGGAGAAAAUAAUACGACUGAAAACAAGAAAGUGGACGAGUCAACUGAUGUGGCACUGGAGCGGCAGACGUUGCACGGCAGUGUGCUGCUGCAGCACCUACUGUCCUUCGAGAACACGGCGAGCAUCGUCGCCAGUCUCCUGAACCUCAAGCCGCGAGAUCUCGCAGCGAUGGCCUGCGACCAGUCCGGCAGUCACGUGAUCGACGCUCUCGCGAGAAGCGCGGCCGUCGGGGAGAAGAGCAGAGACGGUCUGAUCACGCAGAUGAAGGGGCAGUUUGUGCACGUGACGAUGGAUAAGUACGGCAGCAGGACGCUGGAGUCGAUAUGGAGCACUGCCACUCUGAAGCAGAAGACCAGCAUAGCAGCGGAGUUGUCUGCCCGCGUCGAUCAGCUUAGCAGUGACAGGUUUGGGCGUUAUGCUGUCAGGAACUGUGCACUGCAGCACUUCAAACAGCGACGGAAAGACUGGGAUGAGGUGCAGACAAGAACCAGCAAGAAAAGAAAAAUGUUCAACGAUAUCAUUGGUGUCACUGGACAUGGUAGGUGAGGUAGCUUAUGUGACCAUGGUAAACUAAAUGCAAAGAAGUCAAAAUAAUGCAGAUUCCUGAAAAAAUACACUAUUCAUAGGACAACUAGAACGAGGAUAGCUGAUCGACAG